UAUUUUACUGCAUCAUCUAAAAUAUCUGAGGAACUUAAGAUGAAUUUCCUGUUUUUAAGGAAGUGACAGACAGUGUUCAUCUGUAGUUUGAAGUUAAAGAGCUACGGCAGAUAACGAUCUGUCUUAUGUCUGUGUCACCAUCCAGCUCGAUCAUGGACCAGAACACAACCAAUUUAACUCAAGGAUCUUGUGGCUUAUCUGAAAUGCCAGCUCGUACAUUCUUUAUAUCUGUAUACUCACUGAUUUUUCUGGCAAGCCUGGUACUAAACAGCCUUACAAUAUAUGUGUAUUUUUGUAAAGAUACAAAUCAGUCCAGCAUCACAGUCUAUCUCAAGAAUCUGGUUAUAGCUGACUUGUUUGUCUGCCUGUGUUUGAUAUUACGCAUUGUCAAAUAUGCAAGCACUUCAGUUGAAAUUCUGCGUAUCUACUGUAUGUUUGCUGCUCCAGCUUCAUACCUCAACAUGUACUCCAGUAUUGUCUUCAUGGGCUACAUUGCUGCAAACAGGUACAUGAGAAUUGUACGGCCACUGGAGACUCACGUGUUGCAAACAGUCCGCUCGACCAACUACAUCUGCAUAGUGACCUGGGCUGGCCUGUUGUGCUUUGUUUGUGUCUACAUUGCUGUUUUUGUCAGUUCUGAUAAAGAAAACUCUCCCCACAGUGGUUUCAACUGUGAAAUCUUUCAUAACAGCUUGCUCAAACAGAUCUACUUGGUCAUGCAUAUCGCCUCCUUUUUAAUGUUUUUGUCUGUGCUAAUAUCCCUGAUUCUGUUUUAUUGGGGGAAUGUACAGAGGCUUCGACAAGCUCAGCGCACUAUGCCGGAACAGCCUGGGAACUCUAAGCUCAGCAAGUCAAAACGUAACAUGCGAGUACUGGUGGUGGUUUUCUGCGUGUGUUUUGUGCCCUACCAUAUGGUGAGACUGCCGUACAUGUUCGUCAAUCCCCGGCUGCAUGACUGUACUUCAGCUCAGGCGUUCUACAUCCUAAAGGAGCUGACCGUCCUGCUUGCAGUACUAAAUGCCUCAUUGGAUCCACUUAUUUACUUUGUCUUUUGCAAGACUUUCAAGGCCCACCUUCAAAGAUUUCGACAAAAUAACUAGUAAGUUGAAUUAAAGGUGAAAUGUGUGAUUUCUGCACCACUAGUGGCAUGAAACGGAACUGCAAAAAUUUAGGCAAGAUAUGGGUGUGAGGUAUGAGCCCUACAUGGGAUUGUGCAUGGGUUUCAUGUCAACCCUAUCUGAAUUAGCCCAUACUGUGCCUAAUUCAUAGACAUUCAUUCAUAGACAACCCAUAGACAAACCCAUGAAGGGCCCAUACCUCACGCCCAUAUUGUGCCUACAUUGGCCCCACCAUAAAAUGUUGGCUAGGAACAGGUUCACUUGAAAUCACUAUUUGAUUUCAUUGCUUUAAUGACAGCAGCACUUGAGCUGCAUGAACUUCACAAGUUUGUGUAAAACCUAAUGAUCAUGUUCUCCUGCAUCAUUUGAGAAUUUUUUUGCAUCUUGAGCUUUAAUGGAAGCAAGAACAUCUGACCAUCUGUACAAAGGAGUUUAUCUAGAUCAGUUUACUUAUUUAAUUAGUAACAUAGCAGUAGUGCAGAAAUAUUUCUUAUCAUUUUAAGACUUUUCUUUAUUUUAUUUUGCUUGCCAAAAACAUCAAUAUAGAACCUAAAAUAUGUUGAAUAUACAAAUAUAACAUGAUGUCCACCUUAGGAAAAUGGGCAUCUCCAUGCUUUAUUCAAACAUUAUUAAAAAUUUGUUAAAGAUUUUGUAAGCAUAUUGCGUUAGGGUUAUAUAUAUAUAUAUAUAUAUAUAUAUAUAUAUAUAUAUAUAUAAAUUUUUUUACCCCCUCAUAUAUUGAUGGUUUAAUCAAGCAUGUAGGGUCAUUAAGAACAAAUUAAAACAAAUUCUGCCACCACUGUAAACACAUUAUACAAUAGUAAUAAUAAAUGAUGCAGUUUUAUUACAGUCUUAUAUUCCACAGCACUCAGCAUGGGGUGAGAGAGGAAACCAGCUUAAACUGUGCUUGACAAACACAACAUCCAUAUUUAAGUCCCCUUUGAACUCCCACCGAAUCCUCAUAUGGAGAGCUGCUAAUAAUAUAUUAGGAAGCUCUUCGGACAACUGUAAAUGUUCGGUAAAUGUUUUUUUGUAAAUGUUUUUGUGCUGUAUUCCUUUUUAUUGUGUAAUGUAUUUUAUAGGAUUUGUAAAAUUAAUAAGAAGUUAUUCUGUAAAUGAAUAUAUUUUAUUUUCUUGAAUCUGGGUGAAUCUGGAGGAGGUAUGUUUAUAAUUCACCUAAAAAUGGAUAUUUUGUUAUAUUUCCCUGAUUCUCAAGCUUUUCCAAAAUAUGACUUUCUUUUGUCUGUGGAAAAACAGCAAAUAUUUUUGCACAAUGUCUAAGUUGCUUUUUUCCAUACAUUCGCACAGUCAAGCUCCAGAAAGGAAAAUAUAUUCUACACUAUAUUCUACAUUUUUGGGGCCAUUUAAUAUAAUGUUGUGUAAGGAAUUUAUUUGAAAUAGAAUUUUUUUGUAACAAUGUAAAAGUCUUCACUGUCAAUUUAAUGCACCCUUGCUAAUCAAAAGUAUUAACUUGAUAUUACUGACCCCAAACCUUUGAAUGGUAUGGUGUACAUUAUGCACACAAAGCAACAUAUCUGGUUUGCAUGACCUAUGUUCUCUAUAUUAUUCUUUUUUAAAUAUUGUCUUAUUUAUAUUGUCAUAUUUUGUUGCACCUUAUGUUGUCUUGCACUGUUCAUUGAAUCUCAGAGAAGUGCUAUUUCAUUGUAUGUGUGCUGAAAAUAAAGCUAAUAAAAUAAAGUUGGUUUUAUUGAAAUACAA